AUGCGCAUGAUUGACAAUGGUCAUGCUGGUGCAUCAAAGGUUUGCUCUGUCAUGAACAUGACACCACCACCUAGACCAAAGUCUUUCAAGAAGUCAUCUCAUGUCAUUGCUAAGCAUGCAAAGACAGUUGCUAAGAAGAGCAUGAAAGCAGCUGCAAAAGAAGUGUGUGUUUUGCAACAAAAUGAAGAUGUUGGUGGAACAAAUCCUGUAGACUGUGGUAUUUGAUGUGACGGUACCUGGCAACGAAGGGGACAUUCAUCAUCUAAUGGGUGUGUUACGGUUAUGUCGAUGGAUACCGGGAAAGUUCUUGAUGUUGAGACACUGAGUCACUAACUACAUUUUGCAAAAGAGGCAAUCAGUGAACUUUUUCCAGUGAACUACUGGAUAUUACUCCUGGCAAGUAUACAGAAGUGGCUUGUCAACUUGAAGACAAGUUGAGAGUUUUGCAUGCAGAACACAAAUCCACGCCUGAAGUUAAAAAGAGGCGUAAAGUGAUGAGAGGACUGAAAAAAACAAAAGUGUGACAAAAACAAACAGGAGGAGGGAGUAAAGUAUGGUGUGGAGAGUUCAUUGACUUUUAGGGACAUGAAGUGUUUUUGGUAGCCAAUUACAUAGUAUGAAAAGUUUAAACUGUAUUUUCUCCAAUAAACGAUUUUCGCAAGGUUUGUAAUCUGCCAACAAUGAUAUCUCAAAAACAAUUUAACAGAUUUGGCUAAAAUUUUCAGAGGAUGUUUACUUCAUCAAAAGCUAUGCAAUGAAUGAAGUCAUUAGGUCAAAUACUUUUUGUGCUAUAAGCAAAAAUUCAUGCUGAUCAUGAUUAAAUUUCAGGCACACAUAUUGUUUCAUUCAGAACUUAGAAACUAUUUAUCUGAUUUAAAAUCUUUUAGUUCAUUGCAUGGGUCUAGUAGUGCUUAUUAUUUCCCCAAAGUUUCGUAGACAAAUCUUAAAUUGCUUUCGAGUUAUCAUCGUUGGCGCAAUGGUCCGCUGCAAGGCGUGUCAAGCUGUUAUCUUGGUAACCAUGGCAACAGCAUAUGUCAAACUCACAUAAAUGUAAAUACUUUUCUAUGGGCUUUCAUAAUAUACCAUUUAAACUUUAUUUCUAGUUUUAAAUAUAAAAAAAAAAUUUUGAGGGUCAUUCCACCUUAUUAUAUGCAUGGUUUCAGUUUGUAAAUAAAAGAGAUAGAACAGUUCGUAUGUAAUAACGAUACGGUAUAAUUAGAAUUUAAAAUAGUAAAUAAAGAUAAUUUUAUAGUCAUUAAUUAAAACCUCGAUUGAUGGACUUCAACAAGCGAUUUCACUGAAGGAUCCACAGUGAAGGGAGUGAAUAGCAGCUAUGUUGGGUGAAAUGUCCUACCAUUCUUGAAUUCUUUUCUUGAAAACCUUUAGUAGAAGCAUCAGGAUGUAGGUAUAUCAGAGAAACGCAGACAGAAAUGGCACGCUCUCCAUCGAGGAAAACAAUAAAAUAGAUACACUUUGAUACACUUUGGAAGCAUCCCUGCUAGCGUGGUAUUCUUUCCUACUCGUCAUGUUGCCUCAAAAACUCGUUAUUUGACGGAUUGUCGCUCAAAAAAGCUCAAUAUAUUUUGGAAACUUCUAGCUUCACUCCUUCGCUUGCGAAAAAAACAACGCGCGUGUUAUUGCUAGAAAUGAGACUGGAGCGAGUACAAACCGAGUUGCCCAACUUCCGGUGGAGUCCCCAGGCAAAAACAAUUACAGACAUGCGCAGAAGGGACUGUAAUCUACCUUUAAACGAUUAAAAUCGCCAACCAACAUAAUUCCAGCAUUAGGAUAUUUGUUCAGAGCAGCAUCCAAUGAUGAAAUUAGGUGAUCCGUAAAAGUAGCAUCAUCGUCUUGUGGUGGGUGGUAUAUAAUACCCGAUAAUUAGGCAAGAAAAGCCUCGUGGGAGUCUGUUCAGACGGAGGUAUACCCAAAGAGAUUCAAAUGGGGAAUCAUUAAGUUCGUCAAUUGUUGUGAAAUCAAUUGAUUUGAUUUCCGUACAAACACCACCACCACGUUUACAGCGCUUCGAUCUUUCCGUACUAGCGUGUAAUCACUAAUGUCGACUACUGAGUUGGAAAUAUUAUUGGUAAGCCAAGUUUCUGUAAUACAAACUAUAUCCACGUCGUUUUGGUUAAUGACAACUUCCAGAUCCUCAAUUUUAUUAACGAUCUGAAAGGAACAAAGAGGGUAAGAAACUUUUUGUAGUAGGACGUAGCAUUCGCGAUCGGUGAGUUGCAAUUGAUUGGUAUUAAGUUAUUCAAGUUUCUUCUACGCAAGGUUUUCCUCACGGGUAUGCAGUCAUUACGCAUUCUUUGCUUUGGACUUUGUUGACGAUUUCUCGUUGAGAUUCUAACUGGUAUAGUGUUUCGUUCCAGAGUGAUUAUAGUGUUGUUACUAGCUGCGACAGAAGUCUCCAAUUCAAAAUUAUCACACCUUCUGGUUUUAAAUCAACAAUUCUGACGGAUUUUGUGCAAGGACAGCUUCGGGUUCCGUUUCGCUUUGACCGAUGCUUGCCGGAAGUACGCUUACUUACCGGAAUUGUCGCCUCCUCCGCAGGCUCUUCGACUACGCGCGCAGCUCGACACAAAAUGGAGAAAAAAAAUAGGAGCCGAAUUUUUGACCUCGGUGUCGUACCGACCCGAGGUAAUUAUUUAUCAGUGUAAGAAAGCACUGUAAACAUACUGAUCUUGGUAACUAAAGCUAUAUGCACCGAUUCCCCCCGAAUGUACACAUCUAUCAGAAGAGAGUAUUAGAAGAGAAUAUUAUACAAUUUAUUAGAGAGUAAUGUUUUUUGCGUGAAAAGCGGUUCAUAUAAUCCCCGUCAUCGCUUCAAGUCGGCCAACGCGUAAUUCCAAGUAUUUCUUCGCUCUCUUAAGGUGGCUCGAAACAGUUUUCAAAAACUCAGGUGUUCAACACUUUGACAUGUUCAAACUACGCAUUCUUAGGAUUUAUUCAGCACAUAUUGUUUUUUUUUUAUAUUUUGAUAUCUCUACUUUCAAAUUAUAUUAGUUUUAGUAACAGAUAGUUCGUUGCUAUGACGACAUACGUGUACGAAAUUCACUCCAAAAUGGCCUAUCGUCUCGUAUAUUUGGAAAAGAAGCAUGGUGACCCCCAAUUUUUUUUCUUGCAUUAUUUUACUUGGACGAAAAGCUAACAAUUAGCAAAAUAUAAAAAAAUUCUGUAAUACCAUUUUUUUGGAAAAUGCGAAAAUGUCAUAUUCUUCGAUAAAAUUUUUUUGGCAUUACAGAAAUUUUUUAUUUGUUGUAUAAUGAAAGUUUUUAGCAGUGCAAUACAGCAUGCAAAAUUUGAACAUAGGUCACCAGACAAAAUAAUGAGAUAUAGCGCAUUGUUUUUCUAAAAUGGAAAAUUCUAAUGACGUCAGCAAUUGACAUAAAACACUAUAGAACACGCGCAAUGACGUGAGAUGGCGCGAGCAACUGCUCACGUCAGGUCAUUUUGGAAGUUCUUUCAUUUUGUCAGGGCGCAGUAAAACACCCUGUUGUGUUUUACUGCGCCCUGAUUUUGUUAAUCAGUUUCCGCGACCUGCUCGUAAGAAUGGUCACCCAGCUUUUAGUUCGCAAUUCUUGAGCAGGGUUUUUGUGAUAACUAUAUCGAGCCACCUUAACAGUAUAUUUAUAUCGUAAAAUCAUUUCAAUCCUAAUUCGUCGAAGAGCUAAGGAAUAUUAGCUUUUGUAAUAAAUAUAUACGUUUUAACAGCACCGUAACUACCUGGGGGGUGGGGGUGUAACAUGCAUCCCCAAAGGAAAGUCAAAGAAAAGCCCAAGAAUUUACAAAAUUAAAUAACUGCAUCGAUGAUAUUACAACACACCUCGCAAAAUGCCAUUUAUCAAAGGAACGCAUCUCGGAAAAAGAAAAUGCAAAAUAUAAGUAACUCCGAAUAACAUUUUGAUUUUUAAUUGACGUUUCGACUAGUUUGUAGUCAUCCUCGGAGUUACUGUUACUUUGUAUGUAUGUUAGGUAUAUUAUUAUACGUAAUAUAAGCCUUAAUGUAAUGUAAAUUCAACCACAAACGCUUCGCAAAACAUUUUAAAAUGUUCUUUAUAAAACUAAACUCAACCUUUAUCGAUAAACUUUGAGUUUGAAAUAAAAUAAUUUCAAAUUCUCGCAUGCAAAUAACUAUGCUUUCUUUUUUAUUUAAACAUUUUAAUAAAAAUAAAAAAGGGUAAUCAAUAAAGAUACACUGAAAUUAUAAGCUGUCUUUUUUCAUUAUACGUAAAGCGAUCAGCUUUUACAGUGUUUUAUCAAAUAUAAAGAUACGAGGCGAAGCCGAGUAUCUUUAGGUCUGAUAAAACACGUACUGCGAAUGUUUUAAAGGGGCAGUAUGAUCAAAAUUUUUAUUCUCUUAAACCAAAGCUUAAACGAAAAUGCUCGUAAAACUGUAUAAUAACUUGUUUUGAAGAUGUUUGUUCUCAUGCUUAGUUCUUGAGAUAUUUCUUUUGUUUGUAACCAUGUGACGUCAUCUACUCAAUUACAUAUAAUUUUAUAAUGAGAUAUCAGUAAUUGUUGUGUAUCUUUGCUAUUAAUUGCAAUUUACAAAAUUAAAUAACUGCAUCGAUGAUAUUACAGCACACCUCGCAAAAUGCCAUUUAUCAAAGGAACGCAUCUCGGAAAAAGAAAAUGCAAAGUAAAAGUAACUCCGAAUAACAUUUUGUUUUUAAUCGACGUUUCAUCUAGUUUGUAGUCAUCCUCGGAGUUACUGUUAUUUUGUAUAUAUGUUAGGUAUGUUCUUAUACGUAAUAUAAGCUUCAAUUUAAUGUAAAUUCAACCACAAACGCUUCGCAAAACGUUUUAAAAUGUUCUUUAUAAAACUCAACUCAACCUUUAUCGAUAAACUUUAAGUUUGAAAUAAGAUGAUUUCAAAUUCUCGCAUGCAAAUAACUAUGCUUUCUUUUUUAUUUAAACAUUUUAAUAAUAAUAAAAUAGGGUAAUCAAUAAAGAUACACUGAGAUUAUAAGCUGUCUUUUUUCAUUAUACGUAAAACGAUCAGCUUUUACAGUGUUUUAUCAGAUAUAAAGAUACGAGGCGAAAACUUAAAAACGAGGCGAAAACUUAAACGUUUUUGUUGGAAAACUCUGUUUCAUUCUUGUUGCAAAUUGUUUUGGUCAAUAUUUUAUUUCAAAACCUAGACGAUAACGCGUUUGUAGCGCCUGAUUUAAAAAAUAUAGUCGCACGCUCGCAAUCAUACGGGAAAUCAAUACAAAAAUAUUUUCCGACGGAUUGUGCAGAAAAUCAGACUCUCCUAACGCGUUAUCUUCUAGGUUAUAGAAUAAUUAAUAAUACAUUGACCAAAACGACUUUCAACAAGAGCGAAAAAGAGUUUUCCAACAAAAACGUAAAGCAGAGAAAAUAUAGCAAUUUUUAGUCUUAUUGCAGUCAAAUUAGAUUACUCAAAUUUGUAUACGCGACAUAGGGAAACAUUUCAAACAUGGAUAUUUUCCGUUCUAGGUCGAAAUUCAAAAAUGCCAACAGCAAAGUUUUAGAUUUUAAUGCGCUGCAUCAUAAUCGUUUGGUUUUAAAUUAAAAACGCUAAAAUCGAAUGUCACGGAAGACCGAGAAAACGGCAAUAUAUUCUAGCUCGCCUUGGUGUAAAUUUCUCGUUUCCUGCAUUGUGAUUAGCUGAGAACGAAAGUGUAAACAAAUGCGCUGAUUGGUCGACCACGAAAUCUGCCCUUGUUCGUCUUACAUACUAACAGGUUAUAUAAAUGAAAUUAGCGAAAACCUUUCCUCGAGAAACACAACAAACAAGAAAGUCGAAUCUGAAGUAUUUAUCCUUGUUUGACGCUACAGAAGAAACUUAUAUGAAUGCUCACGAUAUAAGUACAAACGUCUAAAAAAGCGUGGUAGCAGAAAAGCAUUGAAAUAAAAACAGGGUUCGUAGCGGUCUUUGAAAUCCCUGAAAGUCUUUAAUUUUCAAUGCAGGUCUUUAAAGGUCUUUAAGGUCUUUGAAAAGUCUUUGAAUUGUAUGAAAAAGCGAAGAAAGUCUUUAAAAGUCUUUAAAUUCUUUAGUGAGUAUUUGAUUAUACGAUUUCCUAGCUAAUAAAAUAGAUUAUUUGAUUGAAGCAAGAUUUUCGCAAAUAUCGAUGAAUAGGUGCAUUUUAGGAUGUGAUUUCACGGGACUAAUUACCGGGUAAAAAUAGUACUUUUCCGGGUAAAAAUGGUUAUGGUAUUUUCCGACACCUGAUUGCUCUCAAAGGUCUUUGAAACGUCUUUAAAAAUAGGCGGAAAAAAUCUUUGAAAGUCUUUGAAUUUUUUUGGUCUUGGAGACCACAAACCUUGAAAAAGUUUAGGCCAGGCGUCUCGGCUUUGACAAAUACAGUUGCUUUUUAAACAGACUUUGACUUUGGACUGGUGUGUGUACAUCGUGCUUAGUAUGAAGUCUUAAGCAGUUGAUGCAAUGCAAUUCGCAUUAUUCUGACUAUAACUUAGGCUACGGUUUUCAAACUUUUUGGGCAGAUCUUUUAGUUUAAAAAUUGUUUCACUCCUUGGUUUUGGCACGAAUACCAAACCAGAGCGGGAAUUUGCGUUUCAGAGCGGGCCGGAUGCAAAGAAAAACCCGCUCUGAAAGGCAAUCAGAUUGCUUCACUUUCACCAAUAAAAAAUAAAAUUCUUUAAUGUUGUCUUGGUCGGAGAUGUAGUCGAUCAUGUACAUCGAGAUUUGGUAAAAGAUUAUGAUCAGUAUAUAUAUGAAGCAAAAUUGCCAUCAUGCAUGCAUGAUAACAGUUAUUUCCAGGAAGUGAUUUUCGAGAUGCAUUGCGUGUAGACUUGCAUCAGGAAUAUGCCCAUUGACAGAAUUUUUUGCCCUUUUGACAACAUUGCUUUGCAACAUGCAUAUGGAUUUUUUUCUCACUCGCUCACCUACAGAUCGCCUUAUUCUCCGCUGCUAGGACGCGCCAAAGAUUCUUCUUUCAAUUGUAGUUUCGAUCGGUUUAGCUAGACCACAUAAAAAUAAACUGUGAACCUUACCUUGUUACUUUAUCCAAUUGUUAAACGAUACUUGCGUGGGCGGAAACUUUGAGCAAAGGAUUAUAUUUAUAUUUUUAGACCUAUAAGCCAUAUGGCAGAUGCGGAAAAGUUCUAGUAUAGGCAGGAAUCGAACCUGUUGUUCUGCGAUUUCGGCAGCGUUUUGAACACUGAAAAUAUUUGUUUUAGUUGGAAAAUAACUAUUAGUUUUUAACCGACAACCCACUGAAACACGUCGUCGUAUGUGUAUGAAUUCCUAUAGUAUAAUUAAUGAGUAAAAACCGUAAACUAUAUGCUUGCUUUGUCUCUACUUCAAAAACUCAUUAAUAAUUCAUGAAGCAAUUAUCCAAUCUUGAAUAAGAAAUUAGUCACGUGCAUACGUCUUUAUACCAGCUAAAGAACACUUUAACAAAGGCCAUUGUUAUGCAAACUAUAUAAAGAUUUUUAUGUAAAGAUUUUUAUAUAAAGAUUUUUAUAUAAAGAUUUUUAUAUAAAGAUUUUUAUAUAAAGAUUUGACUUAUUAUGCAAACGUUUUUGAAGCCAUUUAAAAAACUCGCAGGUCGUGUUUUAUUAGCUCUAAAGCCACUCGCGCUGCGCGCUCGUGGCUUUAAACCUAAUAAAACACACCUGCUCGUUUUUUAAAUAGUACAUAAUACACAGAAUGUAACUUGUUUUUUAGGUAGAUGGAUCAGAUGUAUUUACAUCUUCAGUAGUAACAGAUAGAACAUAUCCCUUCCAAGAGCCACUUAUUCGACCAAAUAGACGCAAUUUUUAUAAAGCUGGUUACUAUCUUACAUUUCCCAUCCCAUACACGAAAUCUCUGCGUAUUGUCUUGAAAUGGAAUGGAACUUCUGAACUGAAUGACGAUGAACUAUGGAAUAUGACGACAAAUUGCAAGAAAAACAAAAAGGGUUGUCCCAUUGUGUUGUUUCAUUCAGUCAUAGCAAAUAAACUGGUUCAUGGAGCAAAAGUUAAGAGCAGUUUUGAAGAUUAUUUUUCUGAAGAGUCCACAAAACCAAAAACUAAACUUUUAAAACGUGUGACGACCACUGUCUCAGAAAUGGUGAAAUCACCCGAGAUAUAUGGACCUGGUAUGAGGUCAGGGUGUAAGCUUACCUGUCAAAAGGUUUUAUCGGGAAGUGAAGUGGAAAUAUACAAUGUUAGAAACACUGCUAAAGUUAUCCAAUCCUUACUUUUCCGUGUCUACGACAUAAAACAGGGAAAACUUGUUUCCUCUGAAAAUUGGAAGAGAGUGCUAAUCACAAUGACGUGGGAUGGGAAAGACGCACAAGUUAAAGAAAUUCCAUUAGCUGGAAUAUUUAGUGUUGGCCUGGAUUACCUUCGUGAGGUGCAAAGCUUGACUGCUGGUUUUAAGAAUACGACGUGUGACAUACAAGGGCAUCGUGCGACUGAAAUAGCACUUCGUGACUGGCUGGCGUUUCUUCUGUAUGAAAUGCCUUUCUGGAAGUCUGCAAAGAUCACUGUCGGAAUUCCAGCGGGACAUCAAUCAGCCAUAAUUUGCACUCAAGUUUCUACAAAAGAAUUGAGUUUGGACAAAUAUCAUCCACGUCUAACGGGAUAUUUUAGUGCACAGUUAAAUCAGCAAGGCUUUGAUUACUUGCACCAUAAAACCAUGUUCCAUCUACAAAAGCAGUGGGGACAUGUAGUUGCCAUUAACUUUUUCCUGAGAAAUUUAAUGAUUGCGAGUACACAUGAACUCGAUAUUAUUAUUGAAAUUGAUGAAACUGACUUGCCAGUAUAUCCUGGUUCAGGCCUUGAAGAUUUCUUUCAUUAUUUGCAUGACUUUCAGCCGUACCGAAACACAUCCUCGGUGUUUAAUGGUAACCCAUACUACCAAAGACGUGGUCGCUUUAGGAUCUACCGGUGUUUUCGUCAUAUGUUAUUCGAUCCAAUCUUGUUUACUACUGGCAUUCGAAUCUACCUGGAAUCACAGAUGAAUCGAGAAAAUGUUCGCACCAUACGCAAGUUUUUACCUACCUCCUCGUCAUUCAAUCAAACUAUUUUACCAGAUUCCCUUUUAACGGUUGUUUUGUUUUAUGGAAGUAAAGGUUCCGGCGGAAUAACAACAGACAGCAUAACGUACGGAGAAUGGAAUCGAAGUUUGGCCCUUGAGUUUCAGUUCAGUCCACAAAACAUCCACAGCUUUCCAGUUUACACAAUGUUUGAAAACGAGCCAGGGGUGAUGGUCAAUAGAACUGUCGUUUCUUUGAAACCCGGUCAGCAAGUAACACACACAUUUAAGAUCGCAAGGAAUAACGUUGGUGUUAUUCUUCGAAAAGAAUAUCGCACAAUUGUGCCAAACCAGAAAGCUGACGUGAAAGUUGAUGGAGAAGAUGCAGGAUUAUGGUUCAGCCCUCAGAGAGCCUUAACUGAAGCAUUCUCUUUGCGUAUCCACGACUAUCUCCUACCUCCAGAAAAAACAGCAAGAAAAGAUUCAAUAAACGUGGUGCUAACUGCUAUUACACGUUGGGAAAUCAUCUCUAUAAAAGUAGUUUCAGUCAUGCUGACAAAUUGA